AUGUGUGUGUUCUUGAGAGAAACUACAAGUGAGAGUUGUGUGAGGAAGAAGAAGAAGCGGCGCUGCGGAGGAGGCGGCGCCAAUAGGCUGGACUUGGUGCUCGACCCGAGGCUCGCCGGCGAGUCAUGCACCUGCAGGGACGAGAUGCGCAGGGUCCUCGACGUCGCGCUCCUCUGCGCCUCCAGCCUCUCGAUCGAUCGGCCGUCCAUGAGGUCCGUUGUGAAACAGCUGCUCGAGGUCAGCAACCCCGUCGUCGCCGUGGUCGACUGGUCGUGGAGGACAAGGAACCUCUUCAUGUGUGAUCCAUGCAUGGCCAUGUCUCAGAAAGCAAUGCUAGUUUGGUAG